AUGACCCUGUGUGCUUCUCCACACGUCCUUCCCGCUAAGUCUAAUUUCAAGUUCAUGUUUAGUUCAUGCCUCAUCUUCUCGGAAGUUCCUGUGGACCAGCGGUUCAGCUCUCGCUCCGUCUGCGUGUCUGGGAAGCUCUGUCCUUGCCUGCAGGACCGGGCCUUGUCUCCUCUGGGCUUUGACUUUGAGGAGCAGCCCCGGGCUCAGCGCAUCGACCCAACUCGGGAAAAAUUGACUCCCGCGCAGCUACAAUUCAUGCACCAGUUGUGUCUCACCCAGUGGCAGAAGACGCUGCCACAGCGGCGGACCCGGAACAUCGUGACAGGCCUGGGUAUUGGGGCCCUAGUGCUUGCUAUUUAUGGCUACACCUUCUACUCAGUGUCACAGGAACGUUUCCUAGAUGAACUAGAGGACGAGGCCAAAGCUGCCAGAGCCAGAGCCAUGGCAAGGGCAUCGAGCUCCUGA